AUGCGUUCAUCCAACUUUCUCAAGCUUGCAUGCCUUCUCUCUGUCAUUGGAGGCUCAAUUUCUCGGCCUCAAGGUGCACCCGAUGCGACCUCCGAAGAGAAUUCCCUCUCUUUGGCUGCCACCACGCCAGGCGAAGAUGGACAAACCCCAGCUCCAGUCGAUGGCGAGAAGCCUCCUACUCCCCCCAACAAAUCUAAACGACCGGGUGGAGGAAAGAAGGCUGGCCCACCGGGCAAAGAUGCUAAGACUCCGGGUCCGCCGAGUCCUCCAGGCCCCAAGCCUGACGGUCCGGGAGAUGACGCCGGGCCAUCGCCUCCUGUUGACCCCGCGGCACCAGGGCCGGUAGGAGGUCCCGAAGCUCCCCCUCCCCCAGCACCGGCACCAGCCCCCGGAGCUCCUCCUACCGCAGGACCGAUGACACCCCCCGGAGCUCCUCCGCCACCAGGACCGGUGACACCCCCCGGAGCUCCUCCGCCACCAGGACCGGUGACACCCCCCGGAGCUCCUCCGCCACCAGGCCCAAUGACUCCCGGAAAGGACGCCGGUCCACCUGGAAAAGAAGCCGGUCCACCCGGGAAGCAGGCUGGCCCACCUGGUAAGGAUGCCGGUCCGCCUGGGAAGAACGCUGGUCCACCCGGAAAGGACGCCGGUCCGCCUGGGAAGAACGCUGGUCCACCCGGAAAGGACGCUGGUCCACCCGGAAAAGACGCUGGUCCCGGAAAGGGCGCUGGCCCAGUCGAUCCACCUCCACCGAAUGGAGCCAACCCAUCACCUCCGCCAAAGGAUGACCCAGCGCACAAAAAGCCUGACCCUAAGAAGCCCGACGGUCCUCGACCUCCUCCUGAUGGGAAGAAAGGAGAUGACAAGCAACCUGGUGAUAGGUCUUCGGCUUCUGAACUCUCAGGCUCAGUAUUGACACCUGGAUUAGUCGGAUUUUUAGCCGGAGUAUUGACUCUGAUUGCUUAG